AUGCAUCCAGCGCUCGUGAUCCUCCUCUCGGUCCUCCUGGUCCAAUCCAUCACCCUCCUAGGCAAGUCGCGACUGCAAGACAUCCUCUGGUUCCUCUACACCUCCGUGUUCCAUCGCUCCACCCUUUCCUCCCAACGCUCCCUCCGUCGGGACAUCCUCUCUACCAAACGCGAGCUCGCCGCCACCUCUUCGCAAGAUCAGUUUGCCAAGUGGGCCAAACUUCGGCGCAAGGUCGACAAGUCCCUUGCGGACCUCGAACGCACCAAUGCCUCGCUGAGCACCGCACGCAGCACGUUCAACAUGCUUUUCAAAGGCGUAAUGUUUGUGCUGACGACGGUGUUGCCUUUUGUAGUGACGAGCUGGUAUAGCAAGACGCCGAUCUUUUGGUUGCCCCCAGGGGAGCAUAGCUGGUUUGGACCGCUGGGGUGGUUCUUGGCCCUGCCGAGAGCUCCAAAGGGCGCAGUUAGUAGUACGGUUUGGCAGAUGGUUUGUUCCAGGACGUUGAUUGCGGUGGUGGGGGCGGUGGGGAAUCUGUGGCCCGGAAAGAGCGAGGAGGAGGUGCUGAGCAAGGCAAAGGUCGAGAAGGUGGAACAGGAGUUGGAGGAGAAGAAGGCUGCAGCGGCAGCACAGGCAGGGUCGAGGACAGCAGAGGCUGGCCAGGCCAGGAGACGCACCAACGCAGCCGCGGCAGAGAAACAGGAUCUGUAG